AAAUUCCACUGCUGUUAUAGAAAAAGCCAUGGAAACCAUCAAGCCCAAAACAACAUUCAUGCUGGAGAAAACUUUGUCCAGAUGUUGCACAUGGCUUCACAGAAUUUAUGACACAGUCAAUCAAGGAAAUCAUGAAAGAGACUGGGAAUAUGGCAAAAAGGGUAGCAGGUGAAGGGUUUCAAGAUGCACAUCUUGGAGAAAUUCAAGAGCUAACAAACACCACACCAGAGGAAUUAACAGAAAACUUGAUGGAGAUGAGUGCUUCCAAACCAGUGCCAGACAAUGAGAAAGAAGACAUACCAGAUGCAAUGCCAGAAAACAAACUGACAUUAGACAAUCUGGCAGAAGGGUUUCUAUUAUUCAAGACUGUUUUUGAUUUAUGACAUAGAACCUUCUAUGACAUAGGCACUGAAACUAAACAGUAGAAAAAAGAUUAAAGCACUGGUACCAUACAUUUUUAGAGAAAUGAAAAACCAAGAAAGUCAGACAGAAAUUACAAUGUAUUUCUGUGAAGUUGCAUCACGCAUGCCUGCCUCCCCCUCUACCUUCCCUCCACCUUUUCUGCCUCUGCCACCUGAGACAGCAGGACCAAGCAGCCCCCCCAUCCUCCUAAGCCUAUUCAAUGUGAAGACAAUGAAGAUGAAGACUUUUGUGAUGACCCACUCCCACUUAAUAAACACUAUCAAAGCAGAAGAACAUAAUAAAAGACAAAAGGAAAGAAAUACCACACAGGUAUCAGUGAACGAAAUCAAACAAUAUUUAUCACACAUAUUGAAACAAAGAACAUCAAGUAAUGUAAUCAAUAAAAGAGAAAAUCUCCUGGAAAAAAAGAAGAAUCAACGUAAAAUAAGAAUAAAAGGAAUUCAAAAUAAAGAUAUCUUGAAGAGAAAUAAGAAUCAUUUACAAAAGCAAGCAGAGAAAAAUUUUACAGAUGAAGGAGACCAACUAUUUAAGAUGGGCAUCAAGGUUCUCCAGCAGUCUAAAAGCCAAAAACAAAAAGAAGAAGCCUACCUACUUUUUGCCAAAGCAGCUGACAUGGGAAACUUCAAAGCUAUGGAGAAAAUGGCUGACGCUUUGCUAUUUGGAAAUUUUGGCGUGCAAAAUAUAACAGCAGCUAUCCAAUUAUAUGAGUCCUUGGCUAAAGAAGGAUCAUGUAAAGCCCAAAACGCAUUAGGAUUUUUGUCUUCUUAUGGAAUAGGAGUGGAAUAUGAUCAAGCUAAGGCACUGAUAUAUUACACCUUUGGAAGUGCUGGAGGAAGCAUGAUGUCCCAGAUGAUUUUGGGGUACAGAUAUUUGUCAGGAAUCAAUGUUCUACAGAAUUGUGAAGUUGCCCUAAGUUAUUACAAGAAAGUGGCAGAUUAUAUUGCUGACACAUUUGAAAAAAGUGAAGGUGUUCCAGUAGAAAAAGUGAGACUAACAGAAAGACCUGAAAAUCUGAGUUCUAACAGUGAGAUUUUGGAUUGGGACAUAUACCAAUACUAUAAAUUUUUGGCAGAAAGAGGAGAUGUUCAGAUACAAGUCUCUCUUGGACAAUUACAUCUAAAUGGGAGGAAAGGUCUAGAUCAGGAUUACUACAAAGCAUUACACUACUUCUUAAAGGCAGCAAAGGCCGGGAGUGCAAAUGCCAUGGCAUUUAUAGGAAAGAUGUACUUAGAGGGGAAUGCUGCCGCGCCGCAAAAUAACGCUACUGCCUUCAAGUACUUUUCCAUGGCAGCCAGUAAGGGCAAUGCAAUUGGCCUUCAUGGGCUUGGUCUUCUUUACUUUUAUGGAAAAGGAGUUCCCGUGAAUUAUGCCGAAGCACUUAAAUACUUUCAGAAAGCUGCGGAGAAAGGGUGGCCCGACGCACAGUUCCAGUUAGGCUUCAUGUACUACUCUGGCUCUGGAAUAUGGAAGGAUUAUAAACUUGCCUUCAAAUAUUUUUACUUGGCAUCUCAGAGUGGGCAGCCCCUCGCCAUUUAUUAUCUGGCCAAGAUGUAUGCAACAGGAACAGGAGUAGUAAGAUCAUGCAGAACUGCUGUGGAGCUUUAUAAAGGUGUCUGUGAACUAGGCCACUGGGCUGAGAAAUUCCUGACAGCUUACUUUGCCUAUAAGGAUGGUGAUAUAGAUUCUUCUCUUGUUCAGUAUGCACUGCUUGCAGAAAUGGGAUAUGAAGUAGCUCAAAGCAAUUCAGCAUUCAUUUUGGAAUCUACAAAGGCUAACAUUCUUGAAAAAGAGAAGAUGUAUCCAAUGGCGCUUCUCCUGUGGAAUCGAGCUGCCAUUCAAGGCAAUGCAUUUGCUAGAGUAAAAAUUGGAGAUUACCAUUACUAUGGCUAUGGGACUAAGAAAGACUAUCAAACAGCAGCCACACACUACAGCAUUGCAGCCAACAAAUACCACAACGCGCAAGCCAUGUUCAAUCUGGCUUAUAUGUAUGAACACGGCUUAGGCAUCACAAAGGACAUUUACUUGGCCAGAAGAUUGUACAACAUGGCUGCUCAAAUGAGUCCAGAUGCCCACAUACCUGUGCUCUUUGCCCUCAUGAAACUGGAAACUAUGCAUUUGCUCCGGGAUGUCCUGUUUUUUAAUUUCACAACGAGAUGGAACUGGCUAAAACCAGACAACACCGUUGGACCACACUGGGACUUAUUUGUGAUUGGCCUUAUUGUUGCUGGGCUGAUUUUGUUGCUUAGAAAUCACCAUGGGUAGGAUGCGGAUCACGGGAAAACCUGCUCACGGGAAUCAGUUCACUCCAACGUAUCCCCACUAAAUAAACAGUUUCCCAUCCAAAUCAAGAGUCUGCUGCAGUUUCCCGCUGAGGGCUGUGAUGGAAAACGGACAAGACUUGGGGACCAUCCUAGAGAAACAACUUCAGACUUCCUGCUUAGUUGAGAAAACCCUUUGGGGGAUGCUGGGAACUGGUCACCUAAGACCUUGUUACCAAUCUGUCAUCUUGGUGACCUAGUCCCAUGUUAUGAAUAAAGACCACCCAUUUUCA